ACUGCGAGGCCAGGGCCCGCGACGGUUAAACGGGGCUGCACCUCGGACUCGCUGGCUGUAACUUCACGGCUGCGGCCUGAUCUGCUGGGGUCCUGCGGUGGCCCCGCCAUGCCGACCCGGGCGGAGGACUACGAAGUGCUGCACACCAUUGGCACGGGCUCCUACGGUCGCUGCCAGAAGAUCCGGAGGAAGGGCGACGGCAAGAUAUUAGUUUGGAAGGAACUUGACUAUGGCUCCAUGACAGAAGCUGAAAAACAAAUGCUUGUUUCUGAAGUGAAUUUGCUUCGUGAACUGAAACAUCCAAACAUUGUCCGUUACUAUGAUCGAAUUAUUGACCGAACCAACACAACGCUGUACAUUGUAAUGGAAUAUUGUGAAGGAGGGGACCUGGCCAGUGUAAUUACAAAGGGAACCAAGGAAAGACAAUACUUAGACGAAGAGUUUGUUCUUCGAGUGAUGACUCAAUUGACUUUGGCCCUAAAGGAAUGUCACAGACGAAGUGAUGGCGGUCACACUGUGCUACAUCGGGAUCUGAAACCAGCCAAUGUUUUCCUGGAUGGCAAGCAAAACGUUAAGCUUGGAGACUUUGGGCUAGCUAGAAUAUUAAACCAUGAUACAAGUUUUGCAAAAACAUUUGUUGGCACACCUUAUUACAUGUCUCCUGAACAAAUGAGUCGCAUGUCCUACAAUGAGAAAUCGGAUAUCUGGUCACUAGGUUGUUUGCUGUACGAAUUGUGUGCAUUAAUGCCUCCAUUUACAGCUUUCAACCAGAAAGAAUUGGCUGGGAAGAUCCGAGAAGGCAAAUUCAGGCGAAUUCCAUACCGUUACUCUGAUGAAUUGAAUGACAUUAUUACAAGGAUGUUAAAUUUGAAGGAUUACCAUCGACCUUCUGUUGAAGACAUUCUGGAGAGCCCUUUGAUAGCUGACUUGGUUGCAGAAGAGCAAAGAAAAAAUCCUGAGAGAAGGGGGCGGAGGUUAGGAGAACCAGAAAAGUUGCAGGAUUCCAGCCCUGUACUGAGUGAGCUGAAACUAAAGGAAAUACAGUUACAGGAGCGAGAGCGAGCCCUCAAAGCCAGAGAAGAAAGGCUGGAGCAGAAGGAACGAGAGCUUUGUGUUCGCGAGAGACUGGCAGAGGAUAAACUGGUGAGAGCAGAAAGUCUGUUGAAGAAUUACAGCCUGCUGAAGGAGCAGAAGUUCCUGUCUCUGGCAAGUGGUCCAGAACUUUUUGAUCUUCCAUCCUCAAUAAUUAAGAAGAAAGUUCAUUUCAGUGGGGAGAGUAAGGAGAACAUCAUGAGGAGUGAGAAUUCUGAGAGUCAGCUCACCUCCAAAGCCAAGUGCAAAGACCUGAAAAAAAGGCUUCAUGCUGCCCAGCUGCGCGCUCAGGCCCUGUCAGACAUUGAAAAAAAUUACCAGCUGAAAAGCAGACAGAUUCUGGGCAUGCGCUAGCCAGGCAAGAGACUCAGAGCCGUGUACGGUAUUUAAUAUUGCCAACCCCUUAAAGAUUGAUCUUCAACUGCUGUAGCUUGCUAUACUUGGUUCUGUGAGCCAUGCCUUUCUGUACAGCAAGCAUGAUAUUUUGGAAUUGCUUUCGCUGUUCUUCAGCAGUAGUUGUAUAAAAUGUCCAUACCUUUCAUUUUUCUCCCUUUUUUUAAAGAACACUUUAUAGAAAGAAGGACACUUUUUUGCUUGGACUUUUAAUCCUAUGUGUGAUUACUACUGGAACAUGAAAUGUUACAUUCUAAAUGUUGGAGAAAAAUAAUGUUAGGAAAAAAAAUAUUUACCCAGGAGUAGCACUUAGAAGUUUUAAAUGACUGAGUGGUGUACUUACAAUUGUCAUGUCUAGAUUUAGAAUUUAAAGUCUAAUGUUUUAAAUGUUCUAGAGCUUAGAAAAAACCUAAUUGGAUACAAACUAGCCACUAAUACCAUGAUAUAUUGCUUAUAAAUAUUGCUUAUAAAUAUUCCAUUGCUCUGUAGUACAAAUCUGUCACCUUUGUGAAAAUUCAUCACUGUGAUGUCUAUAUUCUUUUUUUUAUUCUAUUUAACUGUAUAUAAGCUGGCUGUCAUUUACUCCUUUCUCACUAAAUAAAAGAAUUCUUUAGUUUUCCUAUA